GCCGUGACAAAGGUCUUUGCGCAUGUGCGGGGUGAAACGAGAAGGAGGUGAAGAUGGCGGCGGCCAGGGCGGGGGUCCUGGGAGUCCGAUGGCUGCAAGGGGCAUCUCGAAACGUGGUGCCGAUGGGUGCACGGACAGCCUCCCGCAUUACCAAGGACAUGCUCCCGGGACCCUAUCCCAGGACCCCAGAAGAACGGGCUGCCGCAGCCAAGAAGUAUAAUAUGCGGGUGGAAGACUACGAGCCAUAUCCAGAUGAUGGCAUGGGGUAUGGUGACUACCCGAAGCUCCCUGAUCGCUCACAGCAGGAGAGGGAUCCAUGGUAUGACUGGGACCACCCAGACCUGCGGUUGAACUGGGGUGAACCGAUGCACUGGGACCUAGACAUGUAUAUCAGGAACCGUGUGGACACGUCCCCCACUCCUGUUUCUUGGAAUCUCAUGUGUAAGCACCUCUUCGGCUUCGUGGCCUUCAUGCUGUUCAUGUUUUGGGUGGGGGAGACUUACCCCACCUACCAGCCUGUGGGGCCAAAGCAGUAUCCUUACAAUAAUCUGUACCUGGAACGAGGUGGCGAUCCCAACAAAGAACCUGAGUCGGUGGUUCACUAUGAGAUCUGAGGAGGCUUCGUGGGCUUUGUGCCCCCUAACUGACUCCCUCAAUCCUAGAGAUUUUACCUUAAUGAAAUCGCUAAUAAAACUUAGUACUGUG